CGGGAAGCGACGCCGGCGCCGGCGAGAUGGCACCUCCCCGCACGGUGAUCUGCGUGGGCGACGUCCACGGCUACAUCUCCAAGCUGGAGAGCCUGUGGGCGAACCUGCAGGCCGCGCUCCCCGCCGACGCCUUCGCCGCCGCGCUCGUCGUCUUCCUCGGGGACUACAACGACCGCGGCCCGCACACCCGCCGCGUCCUCGACUUCCUCCUCGCGCUCCCGGCGCGCCACCCGGCCCAGCGCCACGUCUUCCUCUGCGGCAACCACGACCUCGCCUUCGCCGCCUUCGUCGGCGCGCUGCCGCCGCCGCCCGACGGAUCCCCUUUCGCCGCCACCUGGGCCGAGUACAUCGACAACGAGGCCCACGAGGGCUGGUUCCGCGGGCCGGGGCACGAGGAAAUGCACGUGCAGGGGAGGAGAUGGGGCGGCGUCAUCAAGGAGAGGUGGAACCCCAAGAAGGGGCUCCCGUACAGGGGCUCUAUCUACGAUGCUCAGCCCACGUUCGAGUCGUACGGCGUCGCGCAUGGAUCCCCAGAUCUCACCAAAGCUGUGCCUGAGGAGCACAAGAGGUUUCUGCAUGACUUGGUUUGGGUUCAUGAAGAGGAAAACGUGCCUAUUGAUACGGAUGAAGGCCAGAUUGUUUGCAACCUGAUUGCGGUUCAUGCCGGGCUGGAGAAGUCCAUGGAUUUGAAUGAGCAGCUUCGAGUUUUGAGAACCAGAGACACAAGGGUGCCAAAGGUACCAAUGCUUAGCGGGAGGCAAGAUGUUUGGAACAUACCACAGGAUCUGGUUGGCAAGCAGACAAUCGUCGUAAGUGGCCAUCAUGCCAAGCUCCACAUCGACGGUCUCAGGUUCGUCAUCGAUGAAGGUGGCGGGUACGAAGACAAACCUAUAGCUGCCGUUGUUUUCCCUUCGAAGCAAGUGAUCAGGAGCACAUAGGGAACCACGUCCCAGAGUUAAUCUAGACAUCAUCAGAACGACACGGAUGCAAGUUUAUUUUUUCGUUACUGUCGGACGGCUAAUAUGUACAUUUUCCAAAAUGGGAUGCAAGGUUUGAAGAAACACAGAAAUGUUGUUUUUCUUUGAUGUAUAACCUUUCUUUACCUCUAUUGUACAACCUGAUUGAAGGAAGUUAUAAGAAGUAAUAAUGUGUGAAGCGAUCCCACUUGCGCUCGUUUCUUCUCCUGAUCA